UUUUUAAAAAAACUGCAAAGCGUUUUGGGAUAUCUUGAAGUUUGUGGAAGGCGCUAUCGUAACUACGACUCUUUGGACCUGGGGUUUGUCAUUUAUAUUAGGCCGGACAGUCUAGGGCAUCGAUGCACCCCAGAUCCUGAGUACAAAAUUGCGAGAGGUUUCAACUUGCUCGAAACUCUCUUUUUCGACGGGAUAUGAAAUGUAGCCAGGCCCUAUCGGAUCCUUACCCCUAAACGUUUUGGGAGAGCCUGCCAUUUUGAGUAGUCUGUUGUGCUGUAACUAAAAAGUUGCAAGGGUUCUGUACGGCAGUCGUCGCUGAGCGAAAUCGGGUGGGGGUGGGAUAGAGAGGAGCGAGAACACGUGGUUAGAAAGUGCCGAGUCCGCAAAGUGUUCCGCAAUCCGCUGCAGACCAUAACCACGGCACCUUCAGCUCCUGAGAGCAGUAACAAGCAGGCCAUGGCUCCUCCUCUUAAAGUCUGUAUCGUUGGAUCUGGCAACUGGGGAUCAGUCAUUGGAAAAAUAGUCGGAGAAAAUGUGGCGAAAAGUAAGACAUUUGACAGCACUGUUUACAUGUGGGUGUUCGAAGAGAUCGUAAACGGCAGGAAGUUAACAGAAAUCAUAAACACCGAGCAUGAGAAUGUGAAGUACCUCCCGGGAUGCAAGCUACCAGCCAGUGUGGUUGCAGUGCCCGGGCUGCUGGAUGCAGCAAGAGAUGCCGAUAUCUUGGUGUUUGUCAUGCCGCACCAAUUCAUCAAACAGACCUGUGAUGAGUUGAAAGGCCACAUCAAGCGUUCCAGCAUUGGAGUCUCUCUUAUCAAGGGUAUUGAUGUUGGACUGUAUGGUCUGAAGCUGAUCUCUGACAUAAUCCGGGAGACACUUGGAAUUGAAGUUAGCGUGCUAAUGGGAGCGAAUCUUGCCAAUGAAGUAGCAGCUGAGAAUUUCUGCGAGUCCACCAUUGGAUCUGCAAACAUUGAACAUGGAAAGCUUUUAAAAGAACUACUGCAGACUCAAAACUUCAGGCUCAGGGUGGUGGAGGAGGCAGAUGCUGUGGAGAUCUGUGGGGCGUUAAAGAAUGUUGUUGCCUUGGGGGCCGGAUUCUGUGAUGGACUGGGCUAUGGUGACAACACGAAGGCUGCAGUGAUCCGCCUGGGGCUGAUGGAGAUGAUUGGCUUUGUGAGGCUUCACUGUGAGGGCUUGGUGCAGGACUCGAUCUUCCUCGAGAGCUGUGGCAUGGCUGACCUCAUCGCCACCUGCUACAGAGGCCGCAACAGGAAAAUUGCGGAGGCCUUUGCAAAGACAGGCAAGCCUAUUGAACAGCUGGAAGAAGAGAUGCUGAAUGGGCAGAAAGUACAGGGACCACAGACAGCGAUUGAAAUCAAUCGCACUUUACACCUCCAAAACCUGGUUGAUAAAUUCCCUCUGUUCACUGCCGUGUACCAAAUUUGUUAUGAAAACAAGCCGGUCUCUGAAUUUAUUAACUGCCUCCAGGAUCAUCCAGAACAUAAGUGAACCGUGAUCAUAAGGAAGCUGUUCUAUACCUGCCUUGGGGUUUCAUUGACUUCUAAAUGAUCCAACUAAGUUUAAUUGGUGCAAAGUAUCAAGAUGGUGCUUGUUGCACAUACCAAGUGUUGGCAGAUCUUACAUGUGAUUGUACAGAGACAGCUUGUCUCUGUGAUUUGAUAUGUGCGCGUUUGGGAUAGAGAUUAUGCUUUGGAUACAAUCAGAAAAUUGCACCCAAGCUGUGCUUGAAAUUGUAUCAGAGAUAAUGGGAACUGCAGAUGCUGGAGAUUCCAAGAUAAUAAAAUGUGAGGCUGGAUGAACACAGCAGGCCAAGCAGCAUCUCGAGCACUCUCUGAUGAAGGGUCUAGGCCCGAAACGUCAGCUUUUGUGCUCCUGAGAUGCUGCUUGGCCUGCUGUGUUCAUCCAGCCUCACAUUUUAUUAUGUGCUUGAAAUUGCCCUGGUUAGGUUAGACUUAAAGUUUCUACAUUAUCUGUUAACCAUCAGAUAACCAUUAUCUGAUGGUUAACAGAUAACCAUCAUCUUUCAGGAACCAGUCUUCUUUCUAGUCUUCCUUGAUGUGGUUAAGAGUGAUAACCUAGUGAAAUUUCAUGAAUGCAGUUGACAAUGGGUUAAAUCACCAACCAUUCAACCCUUUUCCAAAGAUAUCCAGGAUGAGUAACUCUAUUUUAAAAUCACUGAAAAUGGCCUUGAAUAUGUUCAAGGACCCAGCAUCCACUAUCAGAAAGUUGCCAGUUUACUAUCUUCCCUUACUGGGUCAUGGUCAGAGCAGCCAAAUAGUGCAUGUCAGCAAUAAGACAUUUCAAUAAUACAUUCUCUGAGAAAAUAGGACGUGAAUACGAGGACAAAACCUUGAGCACAGCGGAAUUGGACAAAAUACUGAAUAGGAAAUCAUCAGUGAUUGAAAUUACAGGUAAAGGGACAGCACUCAUUUUCAGAAAUGCACUUGAUUAAACGUCAAGCUCUGAAAAUUAUUUCUAGCUUUUGGUUCACCAUCUCUUCCCCACCCCCAGCACUUCUUAGUAGUUUCUGCAUGCUUUGGUUUCUCACAUUCCUAUUUUUUUGGUUAACUGUUUCCCCUGUCUCAUGAUCUCCGCAUUGGAUAUUUUAUCAUUUCAAUCCUCUCACUUUUUACUCAUUUUUAUCUAAGAUAUCUCCACCACUUGACAAAUGUUAUUCAGCACCAGCAACAAGUAUCACAUUAAAUAAAAAUGACAAAUAUAUGUAUUUCAUUUUACUUUUUUUAAUAUAUACACAUAUAUACAGAAAAAAAGUUUGUGCUGUAUUACAAGAGUCUGGAAUUUUGAUAAAAUUGGAUGAGGGCCCCAGAAACAAAAUAUUUCACAAUCCCGGCGCUGGAAUACUACUACAAUCCAAUUGUCAUCUUUAUCCUACAGCAGUAUAAAGGUACAGGCUCUAGCAGGCAUUCUAUCUGACUUCAAGAUGAAGACCAAAAACUAUUUGUCUUAAUACAUCAGAAAAAAAUCUUUCAUCUAAUAAAUAUUCCAGGUAUUCAUAUGAUAAUCAGAGAUGGUUCUGAAGGAGAUGGGCCGAGAUGUAGAAAUCAUCAAACCAGAAUGAAAGCACUCGUGGGAGUUUCAAGAACGAUAUUUCUUUUUUGAAGAAUUCUGAGCAGUGACAUCUCUCAGUUCGUGUUAGGCCCCUGCUUAACAGAUAGAAGGCCAACUCCCUAUUUUAGGUGGCCACUCCAGAUGCCUGAAAAAUGGACCUAAAGCAGUGGAUCAAAGGUCUGUGAAACGCGAAUGUAGACUGUUCCACAGAUUGGCCUCUAGACUCAGUAUUUCCAGUGUUUAAAUACACCCAUUUAAAACUGGAAAAGCAAACACAUCACAUACUGAUUUCAAUCCUUGUUCCUCUACCCGACCAGUUGCCUUGUCUGGCCUGAGUUGGGGGCCAAAAUAUGGAAAAAAUAUGUGGCACAGAGGUGACCUGUAUAAUUUUACCCUAAUGUCAACAUAUUUAUAACCAGCAAUCAUUUUCCUAUGUGAAUCAUUUCCCAGUCCAUGUUGCAGGAUCUCCAUAAGACAUAAAGAGAAGUAGGCCAUUCAGCCCAUCAAAUGUGCUCCAUCAUUCAAUAAAAUCAUAGCUGAUCUGAUUAUCCUCAACUCUAAUUUCCUGCCUUUUCUCUAUAACCUUUGGUUCCCUUACAGAUUAAAAAUCUAUCACAGACUUGAACAUACUUAAUGAUCACCUGGAACACCAGGCCUAUUAGGUGGUGAAUAGAUCAGGUAAUGGACAUGAAAAAUUGAUAUUAAGAAGUCCUCAUUCUUCUUAAAAGUUACACGAAGCUUGUUUGGCUGAGUUACCUGGAAUAUUUAUUUCCCCUUGUGACCCACCUUUGCUUUUUAUUUGAACCUUAUAUCAUGUCUCCGAGUUUGGCUCAAUUGUGGAAGUAUAGUCAAACAUGAAGGUCUGAGGAAGUCCAUCUUAACACUUACAAUGCCACGGGAUGUCUCAGGUUAUCGGCCUUUUUUGACGCUUCUGGAAAUCAACAUUUGCUUUUGCCUAAUACAACACAGGCUCGAGGGAGCAUUUGAAAUGGUUUAUUGAAUGAGACUGAAAUAUUGUACCAUCAGGAUAAAGGUGUGGUACCUGAUUGAAUUUGCAUCUGUGCCCAGCCAGGAGGUGAGUAGGUGUUCGGUUGAUUAGACAUUAUUUCAUUUUGUCGAAUGGGAAAAGCAUGGACAUGUAUCUGGUGGAUAGAAGAAUUCAUCACAAUAAACCAGUUGGAGAAGAAUACAUGUGUCAAGCAGGAUUUCCAAUUGCUUAUCAUCAGUCAUAGUAGAUUGCUGAGAUCUUAUACUGGAUGACUUAGAAAUAAAGUGAAAUGGUCACAUCAAAGCUUAUAAAAUUGGGGGAGGGGUGUGAGCUACUGCAACUUUUGUCAGUCACUUUAUCAAAUUUAAAGAAGGAGUUAAAUAUAGGUUUUAGAAUGAAAGAGAUUGGGGAGAAAGCAGAAGCAGGGGACUGAGUUGGAUCAUAUUGAAUGGAGGAGCAGGCUCAAUGGCCUACUCCUAUUUUCUGUGUUUCUGUCAUACUUUGAGAGACGGAUGUAUCCUCUCGGAUCGGUACGUCCAAUGUACUCCACAUUUACUUCCAAUCCUGUCCAGAUCAACUUUGACCUUAACUCGUUUCAAGGAUGUUAGUCUCCCCAUCAUUUGAUAAUGUGAAUCGUUGGCUGGCAGGAAGCUGAGGUGAGGGCUGCUUCUGACCAGGAUAUUCAACAGAAGCAAGGAAGGAAAGAUAAAAGAAUCUAUGCUUUUAAUCCCAACGUGUACCCUCCCACUGCUCCUGCAGCAUUGGAACUUCUUUUUCUAUUGUGGUUGGAACUAUCUGAUGACUUGGAAUUUCUGCAGAAAGAUUAUUUCAUUUCCGCCCAUUAUGUAAUGUGAGACACAGGAACACCAGGUAAGCGCAUUAAAGAAAACUUUUUUUUUAAAAAGUUGGAUUUUCAGUGCAUACUAGUAAGAUGUUCAAUAAUAAAUGAAAGCGCUGUCCAAAAAAGAUAAGAUAUGGAAACAUUGAUGAAAGUGGAAUUGAUUGUAAGUACUGUAUUGGUGUACUUGAUCUCUUUUUUGACGUUAAUGGAAGUCUGCCCAUACUCCUGAGCAAAAAUAAAGCCACUGCACAAUGUUAUAACAUGGUUACUUUCUUCCAGAGCAUUGUAGUUAAGCUCUGCUUGCAUUGGUAUAACUGUUGAAUUGCAGACAAUACAUUAGCAUUAUUAUAUUAGGCUGUGGUGACAGGAGGCUGAAGUGGAGAAAAAAAAACACCAGUAUGGAUCAGUUGGGCUGAAUAGCCUGUUUAUGAGCUGUCAAUUCUGUGUAAUCUGCACAGUUGUAAGAUGCAAUGAUGCCAAGCAGUGGUUGUAAAAGGUCUCAGCUGAUGUUGGGGAUCACUCCAAUGGGGAGGGUUAGCGGAAGAAGGGAGGUUGGUCAAUGCACAAUGUCCCAAGUUUCUUCAGCAACCAAAUCUAGUGUCAGUAUUCUCCCUCAGCUAUAUGCUGAUUUAAGCAGACCUGUUGCAAGAAAAUGGGAGUAAUUCUGUGGAAGGUGAGUGCCAGUUAGUGCCUUUGACCCCCUGGAACAUUGGCUGGUAUGUCAGUCAACAUCGUGCCUGGCAGAAGGCCAUGAUGUAAACCACAGGCACCUGCUUCAUGAUUCAUCUGAAGAAUGGCAUUGCACUCCCUUAGUGCUGAGCUGAACUUGCAGUUGGGAUCUUGUGCUUGAGUCUCUGGUGUAGGAUUUGAACGGAUGGCCAUCUGACCAGGGAAAGGUGUCUCUGAACCAGCAAGGGGUGCUGCUCUCUCAGGUGGUUGCUGUGUCUCCUGCAUUUACAACAGUGACUGCACCUGCUUCAGUGGCUGCGAAGCACUUUGGGACGUCCUGCAGUCAGGAAAGGUGCUAUAUAAAUGUAAAUUCACCUUUCUGCCUUCCAGUAAAUGUCAGUUAAAGGGACCAGCAGGUAGAUGGCUGUGAAAAAUCAGGACAAUGCAAUUCUUUACUUUCCGGAUUUACUGGAAGCAAUGUGACAUUAAUUGAAGCCAUGGAAGUUUCUGCUUCCCUCAUGCCUGACUCCCCUUUCUCCGUACUCUCAUGAUUCUCAUCACUCCUACCUCGAAGUACUGCUAUUCCAGGGGUACAGCUUCUCAUUCACUGACAGCUCUCAGAUAUUUAGUUCAACUCUGGGUUUAAUUCUCAUUCGGGAGGUUCGGGGGGAGAAGGAGGUGACAGUAUCAGUAAGACAUGUGAUUGGAUGAGGCAUUAUAGCCCAAACUAAUUUUGUGGACAGUACGUGAGGAUUCACUAGACAGGAACUAGAAGUAAAGAUCCGAAGUUUAACUCUUAUUUCCCCACCCCACCUUCUCUCAGAGUGGUGCCAAUGUGAUGCCCUGGUUGAGAUCAGCUCACUUAGCUGCAGGGGGGAAUGGCAACAUUACUCAACAGAGAUCCAGGUUAAUGCACUGGGGUCAUGGUUUCAAAUCCCACCAUGGUAGCUGGUGGAAUUUAAAUUCAAUUAAUACAAUCAGGAAUUGAAAAUUAGUCUUGGAAAUGGUGACCAGGAAAACUAUCAUCAAUUGUUGUACAAACCCAUCUGAUUCACUAAUGCCCUUUAGGGAAGGGAAAUCGGCCAUCCUUACUUUUGGGCAGCAUAGUGGCUGAGUGGUUAGCACUGCUGCCUCACAGUGCCAAGGACCCAGGUUUGAUUCCAGCGGUUUGAUUCCAGCCUUGGGCGACUGUGUGUGUGGAGUUUGCACAUCCUCCCCACGUCUGCAUGAGUUUCCUCCGGGUUCCCUGGUUUCAUCCCGCAGAUGUGCAGGUUAGGGUGGAUUGGCCAGGCUAAAUUGUCCAUAGUGUUCAGGGAGGUGU